CACAAAACGCCGCUCUCUCUCUCUCUCUCCACUUGGUUGUUGGUCCCAAUUUCCCAACCCGACGAAAUGGAGGCUCUCCGCCUAGCGCCGCAGCAGCCGCCGCUACUCCGGCUGCACGGCGCCGCCGAGUUCCGCGCUCCCAUGGCGCUAGCUGGACGAAUUGGAGCAAGAACGAAACCGUCGUCCAAGCCGUUCAAUGUCUCCGCCGCCCUGUCGAAACCUGCCGCCGAGAUCUCUCCAUUGCCGACGCCCUCCCGCGACAAUUCGCGGUCGGAGACGGAGGCGGCGGCGAAGGUAGCUGCUCCGCGGAGGAAGGUGUCUCCGAGCUCGCUGCAGUACCCGCCCGGCUACCUCGGGGCGGUGCCUGAUCGGAGCGGAGGAUGUGGGGGCGACGACGACGUCAUCGGGGCCAUGGGGUAUUUGACGAAUAUACUCUCGUCGAAGGUGUACGACGUGGCGAUUGAAUCUCCGUUGCAGUUCGGGCCUAAGCUCUCGGAGAAACUCGGGGUCAAUGUCUGGCUCAAGCGGGAGGAUUUGCAGCCUGUAUUUUCAUUCAAGCUGCGUGGUGCAUACAACAUGAUGGCAAAACUUACGAAGGAGCAGUUAGAAAGAGGAGUGAUCUGCUCUUCAGCCGGAAACCAUGCCCAAGGAGUAGCACUAGCUGCCAAAAGACUUGGUUGCAAUGCUAUAAUUGCCAUGCCUGUAACUACCCCUGACAUCAAGUGGCAAUCAGUUGAGAGAUUGGGUGCUACAGUUGUUUUGGUGGGAGACUCUUAUGAUGAGGCACAAGCAUAUGCUAAGCAAAGAGGCCAACAGGAAGGUUUGACCUUUGUACCUCCUUUUGACCACCCGGAUGUGAUCAUGGGACAAGGAACCGUCGGAAUGGAGAUAGUGCGCCAGAUGCAAGGCCCAUUGCAUGCCAUCUUUGUGCCUGUUGGUGGUGGUGGGUUGAUAGCUGGCAUCGCUGCAUAUGUUAAGAGAGUUAAUCCCGAUGUGAAGAUCAUUGGGGUAGAACCAGCUGAUGCAAAUGCUAUGGCUUUGUCGCUGCAUCACAAUGAGAGAGUGAUGUUGGACCAGGUUGGAGGUUUUGCAGAUGGUGUGGCUGUUAAAGAGGUUGGGGAAGAAACAUUUCGGCUAUGCAAGGAGUUGAUAGAUGGGGUGGUUCUUGUAAGUCGUGAUGCUAUCUGUGCUUCGAUUAAGGACAUGUUUGAAGAGAAAAGGAGCAUAUUAGAGCCAGCAGGUGCUCUAGCGCUUGCUGGAGCUGAAGCAUACUGCAAAUACUAUGACAUAAAAGGCGGAGACAUUGUGGCAAUAACCAGUGGGGCGAAUAUGAACUUCGAUAAACUGAGAGUGGUCACUGAGCUUGCCAAUGUUGGUCGAAAAAAAGAAGCUGUGCUUGCAACAGUCUUGCCAGAAGAGCCUGGAAGCUUCAAACACUUCUGUGAAUUGGUGGGUCCUGUCAAUAUAACCGAGUUCAAGUAUAGGAGUAGUUCUGAGAAGGAAGCUGUUGUCCUGUACAGUGUUGGCCUCCAUAUGGUAUCUGAACUUGAAGCGAUGAAGCAGCGUAUGGAAUCUGCUCAACUAAGAACUUACAAUCUGACUGAAAGCGAUUUGGUCAAAGACCACUUGCGCUAUUUGAUGGGCGGCAGAUCAUCUGUUGAAGAUGAGGUUAUCUGUCGAUUCGUCUUCCCAGAAAGGCCCGGCACUCUGAUGAAGUUUCUUGAUGCAUUCAGUCCCCGAUGGAACAUUACCUUGUUCCACUACAGAGGCCAGGGAGAGACUGGCGCUAACGUGCUGGUGGGAAUCCAAGUCCAGCAGAGGGAGAUGGACGAGUUCUACCUCCGCGCCAAUGAUCUUGGAUACGAUUUUGUUGUUGUAACUGACGAUGACAAGUUCCAGCUUCUGAUGCAUUGAGAAGUUGGUAGAGUAGCGUUCGUCUUUGUAACUUGCUAUGUGAGACACUCAAUGAUUUCUUUUUGUUGUAACCUACGAUAGGUUAGCGUUUUCCCAAUGUUGAAUUGUCAUGCUGGAUAGUGACGGUUUGGCAUUGGAGCUGUAUGUAGAAUAAAAUUCCUUAAAAGCAUUGAUCAUGUAAGUUUAUGCUCUGGAUUUAAUUAUAAUAUCUUGGAGCUUCAAUUGCUGAAUCCUCUAUGGUUUUGCCAAAGAAGUUUGUAUUGAGUAAUGUCUUCAGUGACCAUGCUACCUCUGAUUCUAUAGGUGAAGCUGACUUGUUGAACAAGUAGUGUGACCUCCAAAAGGGGAAGAAAGUGCUGCAGCAAAUUAAGACUAAGAGGACAUUCUACUGAAUUUGAUAUAGUAGCUGUGGAUGGUGCAUACAUUUAUUGACCAAGGAAUAAAGAAUUGUUUAUUUGUCUUAUCAAGCUUGUGCUUGUAGCAUUGAUGGAACUAUGGAAUCUAAGAUAUGAGGGACAAUCCUUGAGAAAGCAGGGUUUGAGCUAGGAUCUUACUAGUAGCUUACGAAGGGUGGAAUCCAUCCCAGAACACGUAAUCUAUAGCAGUGGAACAUGUUCCCAGUGAGAUUGAAUUGCACAGAAAUGAAGUCUCCAUUACAGAAGUCUCGCAGCAAGCCUUCCUUGCUUCGAAGAACCCUGUCAUAGAUAUGGUGAGUGAGUCAGUUAUUUUGUAUGGAAACAUCAGAUAAUUUGACAUUCACUGAUAUUUCGUAUUACUGCUGUCACUAGGUUUAUUGGUCAAGUUCAAGCGAGGAAUGUAGAUAUCAAAGACAACAAAUUUAAGCCCCGGGA